UUUCGUUAAAAAAAAAAAACUUUUUGUUUGUCGUUUGUUCUCUUUCUGCAAAAUUAGUGCGCUAAAAUAAACAAAUAGAAAAUAGCAUAUAGACUGUUUACAUUCAAAAAUGUCAUUGCAGCAGAUCAAACUCAAUUAUUGUGCGCAAUGCAAACAAAUUGACAAAGAACGCGUUUUUAAUUGUCGUUGGUUGAACUUAAGUUUUUGUCGCAUAAAUUGUUUGAAGCGAUUUUACGAUCGAGUCGCGUCAAUGUGUGAUAUCUGCAAAAGCAGUUUCACUGAUUACAAUCGAAUUCAUUUGCGUGAUGAUGUGACCAACACAAAUUUAUUCACAUUUAUUUGUGAUGAAUGUUUUGAACAACGCAAAUCGCUGCUCACCCAAUGUCAUUGCUGUUCGAAUGUAUGCUACAAGUCUGGUAAUACACCGAUUGCAAAUGAUACAUCGGAGACAUCAUCAAAGUCACCUUGUGGAGCAUUGGAGUUGACUGGAGUUGGUUUGAUUUCAAAAUUCGUUUGCUCAAAUGAAUGUAAAAUAUUGUGCGAAAAAAAUGAAAAUCAAAAGCGCCGAGCGUUGGGUUUGUGCUCAGAAUGCGAAAAACAUGGUAAAUAUGCUCAGAUCAUUCACAAUGGAAUUAGUUUGGAGGUUUGCUCGGAAAAAUGCAUUGAAACACUUGAACAACGUCUUAGUAUAAAAAUUGCAAGCUGUUACAAAUGCGCAUCAAAGUUCUCAAUUGAUUUGAACUACGAACAUGUGAUCAGCGAAGGUUUUAGCCAGAAAAUAUUUUGUGGUAAAAAAUGUAUGCACAUACACUUGCGUGAAGAUAAGAAACAAGAGAUUCGUUGUUGUAUUUGUCGUCAUUUGAUCAGAUUUUACGAUGCAAUACGUCGCAUUCACGAUGAUCGUAUUUUCUGCUCGUUGCGAUGUUCUAUAGUGGCCGAAACCAAUAUUGAAUUGCUCAUGCGAAACGAUGAAUGGUGUCAUUUGAAAAUACUGGACUUAAAAUCGGCAAAUAUCGAUACCGAUUCUGAUGACUCACUCGAAGGUAGUUUUCAUAUUUCGGCAGAUGUUAUUCAGCCAAUAUUACCAGCAAUGGAUCAAAAUGUAAAUGAAAACGAAAAUGAAUGUCCAGACAACAAAAUUACGAUUUUAAAUCAAUGCACAAUAUAUGAUGAUAAUCUCGAAAGAUUAUUAACCGCACCCAAGUUACAAGAACGCGAACAUAUCACGAAAUGCAUCCAGUGUCAACAGGGCAUCAAGAAAACUCAGGCAUUUAUGCAGUGGGAUUAUCUGGAGUUUUGUGGAAUCCUGUGCUAUGAACUUUACAUGUAUGAUGGUCAUUAUAAGUGUGCUUCGUGUAGCGUUCAAUGUGGUCCAUGUAUUGGUCCAUAUAUUCGCAUCAUUGGCAAUCGACAGUAUUACUUUUGUGGCGAAAAGUGCGAGAAAACAUUUUUCGAUUUGAUGAAAUUCUGUCGAUUUUGUCGCAACAUAAUAACAUUCAUAAAUCAUCAGGAUGGAUUUUGUCAUUCAAAGUGCCGACAGCGAUUCCAACAACUCUAUGGAAAUGAUGAAAAUAUCACUGAAAAACCAUGUUAUCAAUGCAAAUCGAAAAAGACGGUGAGCUGCUCUCUAACGGUUAAUGCUGCUGUUUUUCAGUUUUGUUCAUUUCUUUGCUUCUUUCACACAAAAAUGUCCAAUGCACUGUUAACAGAACAAUGCAUCAUUUGCCAGAUGUACUUCGUUGAUGACACAUCGCAUGUGCUCCGUUACAAUGGCAAAUUGAAUUCAUUCUGUUCAAAAUCAUGUCAAGCACACUACAUCUACAAGUACAGCUUUUUGGAAACGUGUUCAAUUUGUCAACGACAAAAGUCAAAUUUCAACAUGCUCAAUUUAGUCACCAACGAUCUAAAGGUCCAAUUGAGCUACUGUUCACUUCAAUGUCUUCAGAUCAUCGACCAAACAACGCAGCUGAACCAUGCGUAUGAAUCGUGGAAUGAAAUACAAAAUAAAACGUCACUUCAACAUUAGAAUUAGGCAUUAUUAUGCUAUAUUUAUUUAUUGAAGUUCAACUAUCGAAAUAUCAAGAGAAAAAAAACAAGAAUUCGUUUUGUAACACUUUGUUAACUGUGAUCGUGUUAUUGAUUAACGAAAAUAAUAUCUCAACUGAAAUGAUUUUUUUUUUGGAAAAAUUAUAAGUGGGAUGCAAAUCCACAAAAGGUGUCCCUUUAAAAUAUUGCUAUGUAAAAGAGUCACAUAUAAAAAUCUUACGUGCGAUAUCAGACGAAGUGCCCGUAAGCGAUUCAAUUAAAUUUUUGAUAACAUUUUCUAUUAAUAAGAACAGAUAAGACUAGGAUCAUACAUUCCGUUUGAAACAGAAUAGUUUUGUAGCUUAAUUUAAGAAAUUGAUUUUGGAAAAAAAAAUCAUUUGAUUUACAUUUAGUGUCGUUUUUAAAA